AUGCCGUAUCCAAAAAAACCAAAAUUUUCGGAAACCACGUCCUUUUCGCUAGCGUUACAAUUGUUGCCGCUAAAAUUGUCGGCGCUAAAAGCGGUACUUCCCGGCGCUAAUACGGACGCCGUACCCUUACGGGAAGCCGCGCGGCUCAAUUUUGCGCUGGAUGCGCUUUUGGAUAACGGUUUAACGUUCGUAACGCGCAAAUUGUUCGGCCGAUAUGGUAUAAAAGGAUUUGGCUUUUUAAAUAGCCUUACGGGCGCGAAAUUAAGCUUUAAUAAGCUUUUCGAAAAGCUUCGGUAUUGUUUUGGGCAAUUAUUUGUAAACGCAUAUCGGUAUACGGGGGUUAACGGCAUAAUUUUAAUAUGCUUAAUAACCAAAAUAACGGUUACAAAAUACCGUACGCUCCGUAUAAUUGUUUUUAAAAAGGGGCAAAUAAAUAAAGUUUUAAUUAUCGCUUUAUUAAAAAUCGAUAACCUCCCGCAACGGGAGCGCGUUGCGGAUAUUUAUAUAAAGCGAAAAAAAGGCAAUGUCCGUUUCGGGGGCAAAUCCAUUAAAAUUAAAAACGUUGCAACGGCGUUCGUUACGCGCUUUACGCUUUUUUUCGGCGAAGGUUUUUUUACCGCGGCGGUUAAAGCCCGCCGGGGGGUUACCGGCAAAACGCUUGCGGGAAUUUUAAAAAGCUGCAAGCGUAAAAGGGCCUAA